AUGGCUGGGAAAAGAGCUCUGGUGAUUCUGGCGAAGGGCGCGGAGGAGAUGGAGACGGUGAUCCCGGUGGAUGUCAUGCGCAGAGCGGGGGUCUUUAAGAAAAUAAUGACAAUUCCUAAUCAAAUUUGCAAUUUCAUUGAUCUUUUUUCCUCUGUCAAAAACCCGGUGCAGUGCAGCCGUGAUGUCAUGAUCUGCCCAGACUCCAGCCUGGAAGACGCCCGCAAACAGGGUCCGUAUGAUGUUGUGCUUCUGCCUGGAGGUUUGCUUGGAGCUUCUCCCGCUGUGAAAGAGGUGUUGAAAGACCAGGAGGGCAGGAAGGGUCUGAUCGCUGCAAUCUGUGCAGGCCCGACAGCACUCUUGGCUCACGGUAUCGCAUAUGGCAGCACAGUUACCACCCAUCCAGGUGCCAAGGACAAGAUGAUGGCUGGUGAUCAUUAUAAAUAUUCAGAGGCUCGAGUUCAGAAGGAUGGUAACGUGAUCACCAGCAGAGGGCCAGGAACCAGCUUUGAGUUUGCCUUGACUAUAGUGGAGGAGCUCAUGGGUGCAGAGGUCGCUGGCCAAGUCAAAGCCCCACUCAUCCUGAAAGACUGAUCAUCAAACUGUGAAGAUCUGUGCUGUUUAAAAUCCCAUUUACAAUUGUACUGCUCUGCCAAUCUGAAAGGGAGUUGAAUUUCCUAGCAUGUGAUUUUCUGAUGUGUAGGAACAUGAAUAUUAAAUGAAAUUGCUUAAAGAUAUUUGACGAGAGUUGUUACAGACUGGCAAUCGAUAACUUAAAUGGCUGUUUAUGGCUUUCUCUAAGGUCUGCUUCUCAGUUCUCUUGCUUUGCACUUAUUAACUUCUGUACCAGAAUAAAAAAAUAGUGCACUAAA